CUCUCGAGUCCCUAGGAGAUAUUGGAGACAUUGGGUACGUGUAGCCCUCUCAUGAUAGGACGUUGCCACAGAGGUGAUAAUCUAUCUCUGUGGCAGAUGUAUCUCAAGUAUCUGCAGCACAAUCCGCGUUGACCAGCAACCAAAUUCACCUUGCCCGUUGACAAACACACUCCCUCAUCCUCCUCUUCUUCCCUUUCCUCCUUCCUGCUUCUUUCAACAUCCACACUCUACUAUCCAUAUCCAUCUUCCACACUUACGCUCUGCCAAACAACAUCUUUCACCAUAGUCAAGCUCUUCUGGAUCUCAAUAUCUUCACAUACCAACCAUCUUGUAUCCUUCUUGUCUUACAAGGCCGUCUUCAUCCUUUUACCCAACACCAAUCCGACUUUGUGCGAUCAAAUACCGUCGAGAUGCAGUUUCUGGAAACAGUUGUCGUUUUUCUCUUCACCACUCUUGCCAUGGCUUCUGGGGUCGAGGUGGGCAAGAAGCGUGAGGACGACUGCAGCUGCAGCUCUACCGCAACCAUCACCGUGACUACUUCUGAGACUAUGGAGAUGCCCACUCCUUAUAGCACAAUCACCGUCACCGUCACCAUGAGCACUACUCCUGUUAGCGAAGCUGGCGAGACUCCCACUGGCUACGGUGGCGGCGGAGGUGAAUCUUCUACCUCUGUUGUUGUUGUGCCUUCCGAGUCCGAGUCUUUCACUGGCACUCUCCUCACCGAGACUUCGGCUACCCCUACUCCUCCAGUUGGUACCGAGACUCCCACUACUCCCGGAGGCGGCAGCGAGACCGCUACUCCUGUCUCUUACGGCGGCUCUGAGUCCUCUACCAGUACCCCUGCCAGUAGUGGCACUACUCACACUGGAUCUGGGUCAGUCACCGUCACAGCUUCCACUCACACUCAUACUGGUACUGCAACGACUUCAGUCCCUGAGCCAUCUAGCACCACUCAGUCUAACAAUGCCGCUGCGGCCACCGGUAUAGUGGGCAUGGGAGCUUUACUUGGCGGCGCUGCUGUCAUAGCUAUGGUUCAGCACGUCUAGGUUUUCGAUCGUCUGAGAGGGAGGGUUACAUCAGGAGCUUUCGUGUCACACAAGCUGUGACUUUGUGGACAUUAAAUCGGGAACAAGAUCAACAGACAAUUACUUAACUCUUCACAAAAUGCGGCAGGGAAGCGGCACCUUUGAAGCUCAGUGACGGAACAGAGAAGAUUUGGCCACAAGGGAAAUCAUGGCAUUAUCUCGCCGGUACCUUCCUCGUUACCAGGGCGAUAACCGUCGACAGACUUUUCCACGGUCUCACCGAAUUGUUCCAGCGCAUCCCACUGUCAUUGUCGCUCAGUAAUUGGUUCUUACCCGAAAGUCUACGGCUCAUUCGUGUGUCUCCGGCCCUUCUUGUCACCUCCAUCUCCCGACACGAAUACCCACGACAAUAAAAUGACUUAUUCCUACUCGUCUGGUUAAAAAGUGUCCUUGGCACAUGGAUUCACGAUGGAUAGAGGAAAAUGGAUCGAGCAGGAGUUUAAUAACAUGGUUUGCUUUUCCUUUGGUUUUUUUCGUUCGGACUGAUUGAUUCACCACCGCUACCACCCAUUAAUUUGACCGGAAACCGGGACCGACUUGGUUGCGUUUCCAUGGUAUAGGUCUGCGUUCUGUUGUGGUCUUCGUGUACCUACUACCAGUCCUGCUACUGGUCUACUUCUUAUCACAGCCACGGUAGUAAAAUUGAAUCCUCCCUUGCAUAAC